CUCCAAACCUAGGGUUUUUAUCUUCUGUCAGAGCAAGUGAUUCCGGCACCCUCACAGAUCUGUCCGCCGUCGCCGAACGCUCAGAGAUCUGUGAAGAUGUACACAUCAAAGCAAAAGAUUCACAAAGACAAAGAUGCUGAACCAUCUGAAUUUGAGGUGUCUGUUGGACAGGCUUUGUUUGAUUUGGAAAACACCAACCAAGAGCUGAAAAGUGAAUUGAAGGAUCUAUACAUCAAUUCAGCAGUUCAAAUUGAUGUGUCAGGAAAUAGGAAAGCUGUUGUUAUUCACGUGCCUUACAGACUGAGGAAAGCUUUCCGCAAGGUCCAUGUCAGACUUGUUAGGGAGCUGGAGAAGAAAUUCAGUGGAAAGGACGUGAUCUUCAUUGCCACCAGGAGGAUAGUGAGGCCCCCAAAGAGAGGCUCUGCUGCUCAGCGUCCCCGCACCAGGACCCUUACUUCUGUCCAUGAUGCCAUGUUGGAGGAUUUGGUUGUCCCUGCAGAGAUUGUAGGGAAGCGAACUAGAUAUCGCGUUGAUGGAUCCAAGAUAAUGAAGGUCUACUUGGACCCCAAGGAGCGUAAUAACACAGAGUACAAGCUGGAGACUUUUUCUGCAGUUUACCGGAAGCUUUCAGGCAAAGAUGUCGUGUUUGAGUACCCCAUCACCGAGGCUUGAAGAUACAAAAUAGUGAUGUUUGAUCUCUUUGUUGCAAAACUACAAAAUUAGUGGCUACUUUAUAAAGUUUUGGCGUUUAAAUUUUGUUUUGAAGGCAGAGAACAGUAUUUAGACAAUUAUUGGAUCUCGUUGAAACUUUGUUACAAUGCCCU